GACACUACUCAAACUCUAAAAUGGUGAAAAUGAACAAACAUUGUUUGAGAAUGCUUUUUAGACAAGCAAGUUCCUUUCAUGGCGAUGAGAAACUGUCUAAAUUCUCAUACUGGAAGGCAUUUUACGAAAGGAAAUCACAAGCCAUUGGUUUUGAUUGGUUCCUUGAUUCACAUCAAGUUUUAGGAACUGUGCUAGAGAGCAUUGAAAAUGUAUUUCAGCGUUCCACUCAGCUGCCCAAAGAGAGACAAGGUAAAGGAAACAUCUUGUCCUACCUAGACCUGGGUUGUGGGACAUCAGAAUUGCCUUCAAAAGUUUUUAUGAACUGUCCACAUGCUACAUCCCUAGUCCUGCUGGAUUUCAUACCAGAAGCUUUGACUUACCAAUUGAAUAAAAUGUUGGAAUGCAAGCCAUUGCUGAAAGACUCUACUUGUGUGGGCAUCGUAGCAGAUGUUCAGAAAUUGCCAUUUGCUUCCGACACAUUUAAUAUUAUUGUAGAUAAAGGCACUAUGGAUGCACUGUUAAAAGAUAAAAGUCGAGGCCACCACAAAACACAGUUGAUGAUGUCUGAAGUUGUGCGUGUGUUAGCCCCAGGUGGGCGCUAUCUGCAGAUAUCUGACGAAGACCCAGACAGCAGACUUCUCUUCUUAGAGCAGACAUGUGACAAGUCUCACAACAGCUCACAUUCACUGCCCGAAUCAAACACCGAACCAUGCAUCCCGUUACCUCCCUUGCCACGUUCAGCACUAAGCUCGGCUGGCAAGACAAAAUGGCCAGAAUUCAUUUUACCGGCAGGAAGACUUUUGAACAAAACAGACUUAGCAAAGUACAACCAGAACAUUGUCCAUGCUGUUGAUGAAUUGAGCUGUGAGAGUAGCUCUGGCCUUGGUGACACACUUUCUAAGCCCGAGGACUUUACUACGGCUCAUAUCUCCCCGUGGUCAUUUCAAGUACUUUUGUCUCCUAGCGACACAGAGUUUUUUGUUUAUUGGACGGAUAAAAAGUUAUGAUAAAAUAUGAAGUCCAUUAUUUUUCUUAGUAUUAGAUGCUGGUAGAUGACUUCUGUGUGUUACUGUCCAUCAGAAUAUUACUAAAGCUGGGAAACUAAUAUCUUGAGCUCAUUGUUGAAAGUUGAAAUUUCAAUAUGGG